UUAACAGCUUCGGGGAGGAAGAUUCUAAUUCCAUAAGCUUAAAAAGAGCAUGAGAAAGAGAAGGAAAACUCUGCUUCUCUCUUCUUUAACUCAUCUUCCUCUCUGCGUGUAAGGGGAUGUUUGGUGACAGACUCUCACGCGGAAUUCUGCAAAUCAAUUCACAUCAUUCAUUCAAACUUCAAAUCUAUUUAUAUUUUCUCUCCUUUUAUUCCUUUGAUUUUCUGAAAGAUUUCAACAGAGAAUUUGGGCACUGAGUCACUGAUUUAGUGGAAAAAUUGGAGGCGUAUAUCUUCAAUAAUCAGGUUUUCAUAUAUUCAGAAAAUUCAACAGCUCUCUCUUUUUGUUGUUUGUUAUUUUCGUUUUGGAGAUUUUCCAAGUGAAAAUAUCUAGUCCUUUUUGUCUUCUUUUUAGUUCCUCUCAAAUCUUUUUGCCACUUCUCAAAAUCCCCCCCAAAAAGGGCCAAACAAACAAAUCCAUCAUAUUAUCAAGCUCAAAAUUCAGUUGGAUUGCUCAAAUCACAUAAUAAUCAAUAUGCAAGACCCAUCAAUUUAUUCACAAAUCAAGCCUCAAUUCCCUGAACAAGAACACUUGAAAUGCCCUAGAUGUGAUUCACCAAACACAAAAUUCUGCUACUACAACAAUUACAACCUUUCUCAGCCACGCCACUACUGCAAAAGCUGUCGAAGGUAUUGGACUAAAGGCGGUACUCUUCGUAACAUCCCAGUUGGUGGAGGUUCUCGUAAGAACACGAAACGAUCAUCUUCAGCAUCAACCAGUAAGAAAAUUACCUCAACAACAACAACAACUCCACUAACAUCAUCUGUUUCAGCUUCUUCAUCAGCAAAUCCAAAACCAGAGCCAUUUGGUAUACCUGCAAUUCCGUCUUUUGACGUGACUACUGGUCCAUUCAGCUCACUGUUAGCGUCAAACGAACCGCAAUUUGGGAAUUUGCUGGAAGCUUUGAAUCCGAAUAAUAGUAAUAAUAAUGGUUCCAAUAUUCAGUUGAGUGAAUUUUCAAGGAAUCCAAUUUCCAGUUCGGGCUUGGGCUUGGGUUCGGGUUCGGGCUCCGGCCAGAACCAUUCAAAUGGUGGAGAAUCAAAUAAUUGUUGGAAUGGUGGUAGCAAUGGUUGGCCUGAUCUUGCAAUUUACACACCAGGUUCUAAUUUCCAAUAAAGGAUAUAAUAGUGGUAAUAUUAGUAGUACUAAGUAGUAUUUAACUACUGUGCUAAGUAUUUAACUUUUAGACAUUUGUUUUGUUUUACCUUUUUAACAUUCUUUUGGGAGUAUUGUUGUUGAUUGCACUCUAGUAGUAGCAGUACAACAAUAAUAUAUUUAAUAUAAUUCCACGGGCGAGGUCGGAAUAGGCGGUAUUGGUACAUAAUUUACUUCUGAAAAAAUGUGGUGAUGUAUUGUCUAUGAGCAAUAUCUUCUGUA